CAAUGCCACGACAAGCCGCUACCAGUACGAAGCACUACUCGUUUAGCUUGAACAAGUCGUAUGUAGCAAAUUCUCGAUCUGCUCCAUCCAGCCGUCGUCGUCGCCGUCGUUUUAGUGGUGUGGGAUGCGAGAAAACUGAACCCGGUUACGUCGUUUUUCGCAGUGAGUUUAGUGUUGUGACUUCGGUGCGAGAGUACAGAUCAUCACGAAGAAGGAGGCAAUGCAAAAAGCACUCGAACUAUUUACGUAAUUUGCAAAAAUUUAGAAAAGUUCCUUCUGUUGAGGAAAUGGAAAUUUAACUUCCCAUCCAUCCAUUUUCCUGGUGGGUGAAAGCAGACUGAAAAGUAGGGAUAAAAGUGGUGAAAGCUGUAGGCGUGCAGGAAAUAAUGUGGGACGAUAUUAUUCUCCUCGAGAAAAGCAGGAGGUACGAGAUUUCUGACAGAAGUUUCUCUUUCUUUGCUGUGUUUGGCAUGACUGCACUUGUUUGACUUGAAGGAGAAAAGAACCCGAAAUCUUGACGGCGUCCUGUUAAGUUGAACGAUCAGAUUCAGAGCAGAUUGAAUAUAGAAAAUAAUGCAAUUUGCCCUCAACAAAAACAGAUUGGGAACAUAAGCUGUUCUCAUAAAAGAUAAACGUGGUGGGUGUGUGUACUUUUUUUUAGAAACUGAUCGAUUGGUGGAUAUGAACAUAGCGUUUUUCCAUUGUUACAAAUAACAGUGGGUUCCAAUUUUUUCGUCCUUAUGUCCAUCACAAGUCAAAUAUUUGGAUGACUCGUUUGUGGGUUGUCGGGGAAAACGUGGCGGAGUAAAAUGCAUCUUGGCAAUUAAACUGAAAUGAGACGAGAGAGAGAGAUCUUAAUUUCCUCGAGAUUCUAUUACCCGUAGAGAAGAGAAGAUCAAACAAGAUGUAAAUUUUUCCCCUCUGAUGAAUCAAAUCUUGCCCUGUGAUAAUACUUCAUGAUGCCAAACCCAAAGAAACUCAGUCAUAAAAAUCCUCCCCAAACACAACCUGCCACGUCGUCUCAACUUGCCUCCACUCACGGAGAAAGUGGGUUUCCUGGAAAGAACGUCUUAUUCUCAAUCGACCGAACAUUUUCCGCAUCUUCAGAAUUCUAUGAGGACUCCGACGAUCAAGUCACCUUACAACUCAAGCAGUACAAAAGUAAGGAGGCACGACGGCGAGAAUUCUUUGAAGGGGCAGAAAAGGAGACAAAUGUUGGACCUAGUGGAUUUGGUGACAUUGAGGGAAACGUGAUUGGACAAGUGGACGAGUUUCCCUUCGGUCAAGAAGAAGAUGAUGAUGACGACGAAGAAGAAGAGGACGACGAUGAAGCGGAUAAUAUUGAUGAUGAUGAAAAUUUUGAGAAACAACAACACGUCCACAACAAAGGGGACGCAUCAAGUAACGAUCAUCACUUCCAUCUCACAAAUUCCCACACGAACAACGAUUCAAGUUCCAAUAACGAGGAUAUUAAUAAUGAUGCUGAUGUUAAAAGUGGUGGUGGUGGUCGGGUUCACCGGAAAAAGUCAAUCCUUCGACAUGUCCAUGAAGCCAAAGCGUCUGGCGGUGGUGGUGGUGUCAGCAUUAACAGUUUUAAUGGAAGUGCUGCCAGCAGUUCUAUAAUCUCGGAUGGAAAAAUGGGAUCCUCAAUGAAUGGGAGCUUUAACAGCCAAUUUUAUAAUAAUUUCUACUCCAGAGCCGCGAGAAGAAAUGACUUUCAGCGAUAUACCAGGGGGCCGUAUGCCCCUUUGGAUCGUUGUAACAGCACGAGUGCAUCCUCCGCCCACAGUUCUACGCUUACGACGCAUUAUUACCCAGAGGGCGGUUGGGGCUAUGUCGUGCUGGCCACGGCAUUAUUUUCUCAUUCUCUCCUCUGUGGAUUUCUCCUCUGUGGAGGAAUCUUCGCCACCAAAGCGUUAGAUCGCUUCGGUCAUGAACUACGAGUUGAGAGUGUAUGGUUGAUCUCCUUGUCUCUCGGAGUGUCCCUUUUACUCUCACCUUUAUGGGUCUCAAUUUGCAAGCGGAAGAGCACCCGACUGACUGCAGUAUUCGGAGGACUAGUCGUAUCUUUAGGAUGUCUUUUCACCUCCUUCGCUUCACAAUUUCAUCAACUUUACAUCAGCUAUGUAAUAUUCAUGGGUGUUGGCGUAGGUCUAACCAGAGAUGCUUCGGGUUUAAUGGUGGGUCAGUAUUUUAAGAGGAGACGCGACUUUGUGGAAUCUGUCCUCGUCUCCGCUUCCGGAAUGGGAAUCAUCCUCAUGACAAUUUUCAUGGAGUUUGCACUCAGCUCGAUCGGGUGGCGCCUUGGACUACAAGCUAUCACUGGGACUCUUACCCUCACAUUCCUCCUGGGCUCCUGCUAUCGUUCCGCGUCACUUUAUCACCCCCAGCGAAGAGCGAUAGUUCAUCUGAAAAACCAGAAACGCAAAAUCAAAGAGAAAGAAAAGAAGAAUGACGGACCACCAUUUCUUGACGUGGAAUCUUUGACCAGUCGUUCCAUGCAGAUUUUGCUCGUCUCCUGUGCCUUCACUGCCUGGGGUCAUUCCCCGCUGUUUCAUUUGGCAUUAGAAUGUCAAGAUGAAGGCAUGGAAGAGACUGAAAGGCUGCUGCUGUACGUCUACAUCGGAUCUGGGUGGGUCCUUGGGGCGUGGGUCUUUGGCUUCCUGGCUAUUCAGAAGAAUGAAGAAUGUCGGAUCUCUAAACUCUACUUGUGUCAGGUCACCGCGCUGCUUUGUGGAGUGUCCAUAAUUGCACUCACAAAUGUGAAAGAGCCGAGUGGACUGGUGACUUUCUCGUGGAUUUAUGGCUUUGCAAUGGGUGGUUACCAGUACAUGCUGAAAGCCUUAAUCUAUGAAAAGUUCCGGGCAAGGAUGUUCCCAAUGGCGUGGUCUUUUAUUCAAAGCGUGCAAGGAGCAUCGCUAAUAUUGGGAAUUCCAGUAAUUGGCUACAUAAAUACUUCAGCCGGACGGAGAAAAGGUUACUUUGUCUCUGCCGCAGCCAUCUUUCUUGGCUUCUUUAUUAUGUGCAUAAGUGCUGUGGGAUCUCGACAGCUGAGACGGCACAAGUCGAGUCGCAGCUCAAUGAAGACCUGCGAAACCACGGACAGUCUGCAGUCGCCGGGAAUGCGGAGAAUUUCCUUUACAUUCCCCGAUGAGCAAAUGUCACCCCCAAGAAUUUCCAAGGAGGAAAGGUCCAGCUCUGGGUCGGAAAGAUCGAUGAGAAUUUCACGACUUGGGAGCCACAGUCACGGCGAACAGAUGCCCAAAGAACUCACAAGAAUAUCAGAAGAAGGAAUUUUGGACACUACUAAUCACUAGUUUAGAGAAAUAGUUGAGGUUAUUUUAGGAAUUUUGAGUCAUUCUAUUUCCGGAACGAAAGAAAAACGGGUGUGGACCAUCAUAAUUCCAAAAAUGUUUAUUUAUUCAUAGUCAAGUUUCCUAGUACAAAAAUAUGGAUAGAAGAAAAUGUAUGUAUACGAAUGCUCAAUAAUGAAUUGGUGGGGCAAGUCUGAAUAUAAAGAAACCGACUGAAAUGCUGUAAAACCAGGAGUUUGAGUAAUCUAAUACUGUUGUAGUUGUAGGGUAAACAUGUUUAAGUUUAAAUUUCUGAUGAUAAAGCUUUGAAUAAAAUUUCGAAAAUA